GUCACUGGCCCGACGUUGUCCGGACCGGAAGUGUUCUCUAUACGCUACACGCGCUCAACACGCACGUACGGCCGCGGCGGCGCGUAAAUACAAUACGCGUACAUUAUGACGUACACGUACGAUGUGCACUGUUCGUAAGUGGGCUAAUCGCGUGUACACGGAAAUCUAUCGUACUGGGAAUCGGGGAAUUUCGCUCGAGACGCAGUCGUCGCGUACCUACGGAAAAAAAAUUAAUUUAAUAUAUAUAUUUUUGACCGCGACGACGGUGUGAAAGUGCGGCAAUAGUGUGAUAUCAUAAUCGCACCACGAUAAUAUCUAUUUUCUAUUAUACAUAUAUACAUGUAUAAAAUAUAUUAUUGUACACGAUAUCAUUCACCCAGUGCGUAAGUGUCUAAGAGAUUGUAUAUACGCGUGCCGUGCUUUUUUUUUGCACCCCGCGAGAGUGGUGCGACCGUUUCCGGUCGCAAACGUUUUAAACGCGCGUGCGGAAUCGCAAACGUCCGGUGCCGCAGCUCCUCCGAUCGCACUCGUAUAUCAGUCCACUCGCAGUGGUCUCGCCGCUACCGUUGGUCGGUCGGGAGGAUCGCGUGUUCGCGCUUACGUCGGCGGGCGCGGCGAGGGACUUGUGCGAAAACGAAAAAACAAAUAACGAUUAAGGAGCGGAAGGACGAGCUAGAGAAAGAGAGGGAUAUAUAUAUAAAGAGAGAGAGAGAGAUAGAGAGAGAGAGAUAAAAAGGCGCGAACUUAACGCGGUCAGGCGCGAAUCGUGCGGUAUCACACGCAUCAUGUCUAGGAGGAAACAGGCUACACCUCGUUCGCUCAGACAUGGAAAUCUUGACGCGGAAGAUGUACUCGACGACGAAGAUCUCAUGCCACCGUUAUCUCCUACAGGGUCUGGAAGUACGAAAAGCGAUGAAGACGAGGGAGAUGAGGACGACGAGGAAGAGUGCACCGUUGAUGAUGACGAUGACGACGAAGACGACGACGACGAUUUGCAGUCGGUCAGUUCUACUGAGGGAUCAAACCACAGUCUGCUUUCCGAAGCACUGAGUGGCGCGGGCGAGGCGAGCACCGAAGAGGCAGCUUCGUCGUGGAGUUCGGCCGUAUCGGAGGACCACACGUCGCCGGACAGCUGCGCCACGAGCAACAGCCGGCCCGGUUCCACGGUCGACCACCGACGCGAUCGCCACAGCCGUCCAUCGUCGUACGCAACGGCCGGAGCCGCUGCCGCUGCCGCCGUCGCCGCUGUCACAGCCGCAGCCAACUCCACCGACGCCAACCCAUACGCAUGCCAAUACUGCGACAAGACGUUUCCCCGAGGCAGCUACCUGAAAAAACACGAACAGACUCAUGGAGAAUCAAUGCCGUUCAAGUGUCAAUUCUGCCGGAGGCUGUUCAAACACAAGCGCAGCCGAGACCGGCACGUGAAAUUACACACGGGGGACAAGAAGUACAAGUGUACUCAAUGUGACCAUGCUUUUUCAAGGAGCGAUCACCUGAAGAUCCACAUGAAAACGCACGACAAUCAAAAACCGUUCCAGUGUACGGUUUGCAACAGAGGUUACAGCACGGCGGCCGCGCUAACGUCACACAUGCAGAACCAUCACAAACGGGCUGCGGAACGGGCCAACUCACCGCAGAUAUCCGGCCCCUCGUACAAGUGUCUACAGUGCACUCAGAUAUUCCGUAAACCCGACGAGCUUCAGAAUCACACUGCUACUCAUCAUCUCGGCGAGCAACUGUCGUCCAACUCCCGGAGCUCGAAACGUUCGACACCGCCCAAAACGCCUAACCAGUACAUUUGCAUGUACUGCACCAAAGAAGUGUCCAGCAUGGACGCACUGCAACAGCACUUCCAGACCAAACACUCCGCGAUCGUCAACGGCAAGCCGCAAGAGGACGUCUUCUCGGCCGUACCGCCGGCAGCCGCGUUCCCGUGGCUAAACUUUGCCGAUUCACCAGCCCUGGCACUGCCCCCGUACUCGUGCCGAUUGUGCUUGAGCCAAUUCCCGUCCGUCACUUCGUUACAGAAACACUUUACGACCGCCCACUAUCUGAGUUCCGUCCUCAACAACAACAUACAGAACAACAACAACAACAACAGCAGCAACAGCAACAACAACAACAACACCAACGGCUGCAAAGGCGCAGGUGGCGUGAUGCCCUUGUACAACUGGCCGGUAAUAACCGGGGCGAACGGUUACCACAACCACCUCCAACGACACUCGACGUCGGGCGGUGGUUUGUUGCCCGAAGAAACCGUCCAGACGGGUCCCACAGACUUGUCGCUGUCGUCGUCCAAGCAUGGUGGAGGCGGCGGCAAACACCAUCACUCCUCGUCGGGCAAGCACAAGUCGGCCGACGACCAGCGGAACCACGCGACCAGCAAAAAGUCCCGUUCGUCGCCGAGCCGCGAUCCGUCGGCGGCUGACCAGCGUCACAUAAAACAAGAACGCCACAACGCUUAUGACGGCAAACAUCAGCAGCUGCAAUCGACCGCGGCUCGACCUUCCUCGCAGAUCGGCGUCUCCAGCGUCAACAACAACAACAACAACAGCAUUCACGCCAACAACAACAAGAUCCAAUUGCCGUGUCCGCACUGCCAUCUGACGUUCGCGCACUUCGAAGACUAUCAGCAGCACGUCAUCGGUCACUUUCUCAUGGCCGCCGCCGAGUACUCGUGCCAGGAGUGUUCCACGUCGUUCGCCACGUCCGAACACGUACAGAAACACCUGAUGGAAACUCACGCGCAGAACUUUUACCGGUGCAUGUUGUGCAAAGAAGUGUUCCCGACCAAGUCGGCCCUGAAGGUGCACUUCAGCAUGAACCACGGCAGCGAACACCGGAUGUUCCGCUGCAACAACUGCACGGGGCUGUCCCGGCCGCUGUUCCAAACGGAAAUAGAGUUCAUCGAUCAUCUGCGCAACGCCCAUUAUUCCGCGAGAUCACCUCCGCCGGUCCAAGCGAAUUUGAUGCUUAGGUGUUUGGUAUGCCACGCUACGUUCAACACGCAAUCCGAUAUGGAACAACAUUUAGCUAGUCACUCCAAACAAUUCCAAUGCCAAUUUUGUUCGGAAGCGUUCCACAUCGAGUUCUUGUUGGACAGACACAUACAAACGCAUCACAGUUCGAGUAUUUUAAGUCACCUCAACCGGAACCACAGGGAAUCGCCAAAUUCCAUGUGUACGUCACCCACGUACAUUUCCAGGACGGCGGACGGCGGUAAACAUCCGGCGGAAAACGGCACGAACGCUUGUGAUAUAUGUGAGAAAAAUGAUUUUCGAAACGAAUUGGACUUGAUUGCCCACAAAAGAACAAUGCACCAGGUGAAACCUACGAAUCUUUCGACAAAAGUGAGCUUACAUUGCGCAUAUUGUAACGAAAACUGCAAAUCGAGAACUGAAUUGGAGAACCACAUGAAGACGCAUUCACAACACGGUUCAAACGUCGGAAAACACAAGUGCAAUAUUUGUGACGAAAUUUAUCAGUCCGCAAUCAGCUUAGCCGAACAUAAACUCACUCAUUGCAAGGUCGCUACGAGUACCGUGUGUAGUCACUGCAAAAUGAUCAUUGAUAACGAGGAUCAGUUCCAUCAACAUCUCCAGAAACACUGCAACCCGGCGAACGCGAACAGCGGCCAAGUGGCGUUCCCCACGUCGUGCAUAAUAUGCAGGCAAACGCUCGUUUCAGACAUCGAAGUGAAGGUGCACGUACACUAUCACCUGUCCCGAGUCAAAGAAUCUCCUGCCGUGUGUGGCAACUGCAACCGGUACAAGCGGUCAGCGUCGUCUCCGUGCGACGGCUGCAACCCGACCAGAAACAGUGCGGCGGAACGAUGUCCUGACUGCGGUGCGGCGUUCGACGCUUUCGGCGCUCUGCAACACCACCUGACCACCGUCCACAGGAAACCUUUUCACUGUUUCAAGUGCAAGAUCGGAUUCGAAUCGCAGCAGGAAGCCACGAUUCACCUGGGCACGCACCUGGCCACGCUCAACGGUUCCGUGGACGGCAUCGAGUGCGGCCUUUGCCCGUGCGUGCUGCCCACGACCAACAGUCUCCAGACUCACCUGAUCGAGCACACGUUUGCCGGCUGCAAAGCGUUCACGUGCUACUUGUGUUCGGCCAUAUUCACCGCGCCCACCGGACUGCAGGCGCACAUGACCGUCGACCACUCGGCCGAAACGCCGCCGUACGACUGCCCCAGGCCCGGGUGCCAGGCCAAGUUCUUCUUCACCGCCGAACUGGACAGGCACACGCUCGAGCACCAGGGACAGGACGUCCUGGCCAACAUGAAUUUUUACAAGUACCAAAACAAACUUAUGUCCAUCUGCGAAAAACUGUCGUUCAAGUGUGCCGAGUGCUAUCAGAGCUUUUUGACACAAACCGACUUACAGUGUCACGUGUACGAUCACCAUCGGCAACCACAAACGGAUGCACCGCCUGCGGGAUCGGAAACGAUGGACGUCAAACAGGAAAUGAGCGGAUGCGCGGUUAACGGUAACGCGGAAAAGCGGCCUUUGGACGGAUGCGAACGGACCGAGAAUCCGAUCAAAGUGGAGGAAGAUGGGGACGAAGUGAGCGUGAAAACGGAACAUCGCGAAAGAGACGACGAUGACGAAGAGAUGAUUGACGUGGUAGAGAACAAUCGCGACGAGCCGAAGUCGGGCGAAGACGAAAACGACGUGGAUAUGCAUUGAUAGGGGCUCAAGACGAAAUCGUAAAACAAGCCCAAAUGUUUUUUGUUAUUUUUAAACCAUGUUUCAAUAAAAAAAAUUGUCUCAGAACGUAUUAAGACGAUAAUCGACGGACACGACGACUGUCCCGAACCCGUUUAUUUUAUAAUAUUAUGUUUCGCCGUCAUGAACAUAAUUAUUAUUUUUAUUAUUAUUGUUAUACACACUCGCGAUUGAUACGCAUGAUAUUAGAGUAUAUUGUUUUAAUAAGUAAAUUUGUAUUAUUGUUAUUAUUAUUAUUAGUAGUAGUAGGAUUAUUAUACACGUAAUACGCGGCGUGUUCUGUUUAUAUUAUUAUUAUUAUUAUUAUUAUUGUAAUCGUUGUAUUUAUUGUGAAUAAUGCACAACACAUUUAAAGUUUUAGGUGGUGAAAUAUUAUUAUUAUUAUGACCUCGUUGAGGAAUGAAUUAUUUUCGAAAUAAAUUGUGUUAUCACUACGUUUUCGUACAUAUUAUAUUAAUACUUUUAGCGUUAUUGUUCGUAUUAUACAUUGUAUUAAACGAGUUUUACAUUUUUAACGACACUUAUUAGCUUAUAUUAUUAUUAUUUAAAGUCUUAUAGGAUUUAUGUUUAUGUUGAACGAUUCAUAUAGAUAUUCUGUUGUUUUAUUAUUUUAUUUUUAUUGUACAAAUAUCAUUACAGCUCUAUUAUACUUAUAUAAAAACCACAUGUGUGUAUAUAUACAUAUUAUAUUAUAUAUAUAUAUAAUGAUAAUGUCUUUAAGGGUUAUGGCUAUUUCUUAUGGUUAACAAUAUUUUGUUUUUAUUUUAUUUUAACUUUAAUUGUGAUACUAUUUUAUCAAAACGGUUUUUAUUAUACACACCGUA